AAGCCCAAACUGUUUGUCACAAAAAGCUGGAGACCUAGCUGUAUGGACUGGGACAGGUUCAACUCUUACGCCGUGAAGGAUUUAGGCCUCACGUUCUUUCGCUUCAACCGAAACAACCACGCUGUUUACGGCGACUCUGACUGCAACCACUACACAUACACAGACCACGCUCAAGGAAAGAGUGUGCCCAGGUCUGCAAAAGCGGAAGCGAAGCGCGUGGCUAAACGCAUUGACGAUUGCAAGGCCAGCGGACGCUGUCAUCUGUUAGCUCAGCAGCCGGAAUAGGGACAUAAAGGAGACAGCGCGAGCAGGCACCCAAAGGGGAUGGAGCUGGGAUACUUCGCCGUCAUCUGGUGCUUUGGUGCACUCUGGUUUGAGGCCUGGGUUCCAGACGUCGUUGGCGCCAUGGUUAUUGCGGACAGCGAGAAUGAGGCUGUGAAGGAGCUUCACGAACAGGUGGCAGGUUGCCUGGUGGACGUUGGCCACCCGCCGGCACCGUCGAGCAGACAGGCUGCUGAAGCGAAGGCCGACGCGCUUCUGCUUGAGUGCGAUCCAGGAGACUACCCGUCACCAAUCUCAAAACGAGUAGAGUUCAUUCGCUUCAACGUUCUCACUUACGACAGGCCCGACCACCUACCAAGUGCCACACAAGUCAGGCGCAUGGCCUCGGUGUAAGCAUCCCACAGAACAUCAAGCAAGCUGCAUCCUUAGCUGCGCGACGGCAACAACAGUUAAUCUAGGAGAAUUCGCAGCCGUUGGAGCGGGGUGACACGUGCCAUACAUAGUUGUUGUGGAGGCCAUUGCGGCAACAUGAGUGAAGGGGAUCCGGCCCAUUGCUGAAUGGCAUAUUGGCAGGGGUGGUCUGCUGAGCUUGUCCAUAACGUUUCUGCACGCUGCUUGGGACAGUUUAGGAGAUUGGUCUAAGCCGGGUUUCCUGCGGUACCGCAGGGUUGUGCACAUCGGGCCAAACACGCCGUAGAAAACGGCGAAGAAACGGCGUGUUUCUUGCAGUAAGUUACCAGCCAACCAUAUUCUGUUUGCGGAGUUUUCACAAUGGCCAUGGCAGUACUUCUGGGCGAAAUGCGUGUUUAAUUUUUGGUAUAGGCUUCGUCUAUGUGCUUGGCCACUAGCUGUUAACCGACCGCAUGGGGUUGUCCGCAGUGAGCGCUGGUGCAGGAUGUGUGGCUGCCGAGAUGCGGUGGAGGAUGAGUUGCAUGUGCUGCUGGAAUGUCCCGCCUAUAAUGAGAUUAGGGAUGAGCUGGUGAACAAUGGUGUUGUUUUAGAUCAGGGUAUGCUUAGUGUUAUGAGUACUCCUAAUCAAAGAUUGCUUGCUAAAGUGGUAGACAGGAUCAGGCAUGUCAGGGCAACUAGUCUUGACACUUAGGCUGGUUACUGCUUGCUACUUUCUGCUUUUUGUUUUCGGUUACAUGUGAAAUUUUCUUUUUUUAUUAUUAUUUACUCUGUUUGUUUUGUUUGUGUGUGCGGUCC